UCCGGUGUUAACUGACAAGAGAAAUAUCAUGAAGAAUUCCAAAACGGAAUCCUGGAUUUCUACAGAAAAUUUUACGACAAUGAUCAAGAAAUCAUUUCUUUACUCCAAAUGUUGCAAUAUUUUUUUAAGUGAAUCGAUUUAUGAUGUGGACACAUUACUUCAUCAAUUUAUCAAUAUUUAUCCGCGCGAAUAUGUUUUACACCAAAGACUCUAUAAUUGUCAAGGAUAUUUCUUAUUGGGACCAACGGAUGGAGAAAUAGAAAACGCUAUGCGAGUUGUACCUUCGUCCAUUUCAACAACAGAAAUUCUUAUUAUCAUCAAUGGUGAAUUAAAAAAUACUUCAAAGCUUUUUGAUGUCUCUUUAUUUGGAAAUUCCAACGCAAAUAUUGUUUCAAGAUCCGGAAUUUGGACUUUGUCAGAAAAUUAUUUGAAACCCAGAUUUUUUUUUAAAGUACAUAGUUACGAAGAAUUGAUGUCUGAAUUCAAUAUCGUUAAUAUGAAAGGUAGAGAAUUGCAAGUAUGUACUUUUCAUCAGCCGCCUUUUUCCUAUCUUAAUAAAACAAUAAAAAAAGUAAUUGACGGCAUGGAAGAAGAUGUUUUCCUAGCAGAUAGCGAUAAUGAAAAGGAUGGAAUAGAAAUGAAAAUAUUUUUAGUUAUGGCGGAGAAAUUAAAUUUUACUUGGACAAUACGAAAGCUGAAAGGAAAAUACAGAUAUGGUCGACGCAUAAAUAAUACAGAGUGGCAUGGCGGCGUCAUUCAACUCGUACUAGAGAAAAAGGUUGAUUUAGCAUUUGGAAAUGUCCGGUUAACGCCGAAUCACUACCAAUUCGUGAAUAUGUCCACACCGUGGGUCCAAAUGUUAACGCAAUUUUUGGUACCGCGACCACAACCAAUCACCAAUUUCUGGGCGCUCAUGAGACCUUUCUCGAUGGGCAGUUGGAUACUUGUGUUAAUUAUGUUGAUUGCUAAGAGCAUGUAUAUGUAUAUACGAGCUAGAGUCGAUCCACAAUUUCCGAAACGUUUUCGGAGCAUUUUUUGUACGAUUACGGAAUUGAUCGGUCGUUUAGUGGGCAUGUGGAUGCCUCGAAAUACUGUCAAUGCUAGACUCGAAUUGCAUUUAUGGCAAACUGCAGGAUUUCUAUUGGUAACUGCAUACUGUAGCAGUCUUGCAGCAAGACUUACAAAUUCGGAAUAUGAAGACAGAAUCGAUACGAUACGUCAAUUUCUCGAGGCUGAUUUAUUAUGGGGUCAUAAAGGUCCAGUACCAUUUUGGCCUGACUACCUUGACUUGGAUGAUAUUUACGCGAGCCAGUUGUCGUCGAGAUAUAUACCUGUGAAAGGUCAAGAGGCAUACCUACAUACAUUAAUCGAACAACGUAAAUUUGCAAUUUAUGGGUUUGUUAUAGACUCGAUCUUCUUUCCUGAAGAUGAUAUCUUCAACGAAUAUAUUAAAAAUUAUAGACUCAUGAAAGAAAGCACGGGCAACUAUUAUUCGUCGUUUGUGGUCCAAUCAUGGCUGUUACAACCUAUCGAUAUGGUAAUGCUUUGGUUAAGGGAGAGUGGUAUCGCCCUCUUUCAUCUUAAUAAUGUUAUGCACCGAAGAAUUAGUUUUAAUCUUCGUGAAGUUGUCAAGGAGCAUGAUAGUCUUGAUGGAAUUUAUAGACGCCUUGGGCUGACACCAUUAGGUGUUGGAUUUUUAGUGCUCAUUGUUGGUCUACUAGCAUCUACAAUAAUAUUUUUCUAUGAGUUGAAACAAGCAUCUAAUUCGCGAUCGAUUCGCGAGGUAUUCCGAGAUAUCCAAAAGAAACGGCAAAUAUACAAAUCACACUGA